AUGUCCUCUGCAGCGGCCGCCGACGCCACGCAGGUGCCCAAUCCAGCGGGGUCGAAAAAGAAGAAUAACAAGAAGAAGAAGAAUGCCAAUAAGAACAAGGAAGAUGUUUUUACCGGUGUCGAUAAGCCACAAGACGGCGACGGCCACGAGCAUGGCAACGAACAGGAGCAGUCCAAUGACGAGGCUGUCAACAACCGCACCAACGGGCAUACCAUAGAUUCUGGAAACAAAAGCGAUGCCACCGACGAUGACAGAGGCCGAGAAGCCCUCCAAGCAGAGGUCGAGCAAUUACGCAAACAACUAGAAACUAUACAACAGACACACAAAACCGAGAUCGAGCGACUACAAACCGAACUGGAAGAAAGCAACACUGCCAAGGAGACGGCAGAGGAGCAAUAUCAGACGCUACUUGAGCGUGUAGAAAAGAUCAAGGAGACCCUGAGCGACAGAUUACGGCGCGACAAAGCAGAGCUAGAAGAAGCUAAAGAGCGAAUAGAGGAGCUCGAGACCCAAAAUGAGCAGCUCGAAAAGUCGGCCAAUUCUUCGGACAAGGACCAUCACAGGCUCCGUGAAGAGCUGCAAGACGCCAAUCGCGAGCUGGCGACACUACGCAGUCGCAACAACCUAUCGACGCAAAACUGGAACAAGGAGCGCGAGGACCUGGUGCGCACGGUGCAGCACCUCAAGGAGGAGAUGGAGACGACGGCCAACGCCAUGGGCGAGUGGGAGGUCAUCGCCAUGGAGGAGCGCUCCGUCAAGGAGAGCCUCGGCGACAAAAUUGCGGAGCUCGAGGAGCAAAUAGCCUCGCUCAGGCAAGGCUACGAGAGCGCGGCCAGCGAGCGCGACAGCCAGUCGACGCUGAUUGACAAUCUGCAGAAUGCGCUGCGCGAGAUUCAGGACGCGCGCAAGAAGGAGCUCCGCGACAUGGUUGAGAGUACCGAGGCGCAGCUGCAGGCGCAAAAGAAGUUGGCGGCCGAGGCCGAGGCGCGCGCCGCAGAAGCUCACGAUGCCAGGGAGACGCUGUCCAAGGAGCUGGAACGGACCGCGCCCUUUGAGAAGGAGGUCAAGGAGAAAAACCUACUCAUCGGCAAGCUCAGGCACGAGGCCAUUGUGCUCAACGAUCACCUCACAAAGGCUCUGCGCUACCUCAAAAAGACCAAGCCGGAGGAAAACGUCGAUAGACAAGUCGUCACCAACCACCUGCUGCACUUCCUCACACUGGACCGCGGCGACGUCAAGCGCUUCCAAGUCCUGCAGAUCAUGGCAGGCUACUUGGACUGGAACGACGAGCAGCGGGAGCAGGCCGGCCUCUCCCGUCCAGGCGGCUCCGGCGGCUCACUGCGUCUGCCCACGUCGCCGUUCCACCGCACCCCGAGCUCGCCGUCCCUGCACACCGACCUGCUCUCGGAGCCCACCUCGGCUAAGGACAAGGAGUCGUUGGCCGAACUCUGGGCCGGCUUUCUGGAGCGCAGCGCCAAGGAAGGUCUGCCCGACGGCGGCUAUGCACCCUCCUCGUCGUCACGCAAGACGAGUGUCAGCAGCGCGGCGACGGGGACGACGGAAAAGAGACCGUGA